UUACGUGUUGUCUCCUUCGGGGGUUGCUCGGAUAUCCGAAGUUCGAGCUGAUCCGUGGGAUUCCGCCUCCUCUGUUGAAGCUGUUCCUGUGAAGGUUGUGCUUCCUGAGUUGAAGACAACUUCGGACCCGGAUCAACGCAAAAGGAAGGGUAGCACUCUUUUGAGGCCUUCCACGCAUCCGAAGAAAGCGAAGGCUUCUCAGCCCUCGGAGAAGGAAGCGGUUUCGGAAGUUAUGCCUCCUCCUAAGAAUCUUCUUCACUUCAUGCCCUUGCCGGGGCAGAAGUUAAAGAGUGUGGUGGUUGCUGAACCGCCGCCCGUGGAUCAGCCGCUGAUCGAGGAAGAUAUCAUCCCCUCUCCCCUGAAACCAUCUGCUGCUUCGGGGAUCGAAAUCCAGGAUAUCACCGAGGUGAUGGAGGCGAUUGAAGCCGAUUUUGUUCCUGGUUUGGUUGUCCCUGAGGUAGCUGAGGAGAAGGAGUCUGCUGAUCUUCCCUUCGAGAGAGAGAAGAGUCCAGACAAGGAGAUGAUAGAUCUCUCGGGCCCCGAAGCUGCGGUCCCCGAGGUUCAGAAGGAGGUUCCCUCUGCUGGAGAGGAGGAGCAGCCCGAGCAAGGUUUGACGAGGAAGAGACGCCACUCAACUUUGGGCUCUACUUCUACCUCGGCCCUGGAUAGGCUGAUCCAUGCUGAUCCCUGUUCGGAUGUUCCGCUAAAACGGAUCCCCGAAGAAGUAAGGGAGGCGAUGGCUCGAUAUGCUAGGGCUCCGAUUUUGGGAGAGGACCCCUUGGCCCACGUGGGAUCCUUGGUGGGCCCCGAGGCUGCUCGGGAGAAUCUGCUUCGUGCUAACCCGCAGUGGAGGGUUCCUGGGGCCGAAGAGAGGAAUCCGGCUAUGAUGGCCCAGUACUAUCUGAACGAGGCUGUUUUCUGGUCUUCGUUCGCUUCCGAGUGUAGCUCGGUUGAGGAGAAACAACUGAGGAAAUAUCGUGAGGCUUAUGCUCGUGAUAUUCCCAUUUUGGACCAGAAGGCUGGGCAACUCCUCUCCGAGCUUACGGAACUCAAGCAGCUGUACCUUCAUUAUAGUCGCGAGGCUAGAGAGUCUGCUGAGAAGAUCGGGACCGAGGUUGGCCAGCUCAUCUUCCGAGUUGAAGAGGAUGCUGAGAAGAUCGCUUCCUUUGCUGAGGAAAAGAAGGAUAUGGCCGCUAAGUUCGCUAGCGAACUUGAGGAAAAAGAUAGACUCUUCCAGGAGAUGAAGUCUAAAUUUGAAGCGGCCGACAAGGAGCAUAAAGAGGCGGAGUUAAGGCUCCACCAUUUUGUCCAGCAUCGGGAGCUGAUCCAGCAGCAAGCUGAUAAAGUGCCUGUCCUUCGGCUGAAGCUUCGGGAAAAGGAUGACUAUAUUCGGAAGCUGGAGCAGGAGCGAGCUCGGGCCCAGAAGGCCACUUCCGAGGGUGAUACUACUGCUGGGGGUUCUUCGAAGGAUGCUCCCCUGGGGGCCGCUCCUGAGACUCCUAAGAGUUAG